AAGUCGCGCCUUUCUUGUACGCUUCAUAUUCGGAUUAAAUGAAUAUCAUAUCUUGAUUGCCGGAUCGUCGGGCAUGUAAUUCCCAGACAGAGUGCCGGAGCCCCGACCAUGCGACCAUGCGACCAUGCCGUCAUGCGAUCAUGCGAUCAUACACCUUCCAACCGCUGCGACGGCAACACGAGCUGACGGAAUGUGGCUGGUGCAGAUACUGUACUUGGUGGGCUCGUUGACGGUCUUUGCUGGUCUGCUGCUGGGCUACUGCGGAGAAAGUGUCAAUGGAGACUUCUACGGCAAUGCGAGUGCGAAGCUUCUGCGCUUCCGAGACUUUGAGCCCCGCCAGCAAGGGCGACACUUGGACGAGGCCUUCGCGGAGGAGAUGGAUGCGGAGAUGGAUGCAGAGAUGGAUAUGGGGAUGGGCCUGCCUGGCGUGGGGCGGGAGGGACGUGGCUUCCACUUUCAUGCCAGCGGCGAGGAUGUCAGCGUCGAGUUGGAGUUCAUCGUGCCAUUCCUGAAGGUGCCGGUGAAGCGCAGCAUGGGCCUGGCCCGCGACGCCGUGCAGAACCUCCUGAACCUGCGCACGGGAACGCUGCUCAACACGGCGGUUGUGGUGGCUGCGGGAGCUGUCAUUGCAGCCGUGGUGCGCCUGCUCCUGGCUCCGCUGGUGAUCACGUCGCUGGGCAACGGACACGGACACGGAUACGGCUACAGAUCGGAUACCGCCAGAGGCAUGCGCAGCCUAACGGACGCUGUAGAGUCCCACCUGGAGGAGCACAACAUGGACGUGUCCGCCUGUGCCCAGCGCUACAUCUGCCAGUACCUGCAGCACAGUGUUUCCCCGAGCUAUGCGCGGGCUCUCCACGUGGUCGCCAGCUCUCCCUGGCUGGAUUCCCUCACCAAAGACACUGCGGUUCGCCAUGCCGUCGAAACGGCACGAGGCAGUCGGACCUGUGCCCACACCUACGCGAGAUGCAGAUGGCCUCCUCCUCGGCCCUCUCUCGGGAAGCCCCGCUACUCGCUGUGGACCUCGCGGACGUUGCCAAAAGUCCUGCAGUACUUCAACGGUUGAGGCACUCGUAUCCCAAUCCUAUUAGCCGUUUAUUUAACUAUUUUUUUUAUGUUAUUGUUAAGUUAUAUUUAUUUAUUGUUGCUAGCGGCUUUAGCCUCUGCUUUUGCCUUGCUUUUGCCAGUGAUAUGCCAAUAAA